GUCCAUGAUCCGUUGCACGCUGUCUUCUCCAUAGCUUGCCAAAGGGUUCUGGCAUUUGUCCACAUACUUCAGGUAGACCCAGUCCAGCAUGCCAUCAAUCGAUGUAGCAUACUCAAAGGCCUCAACCCACGCCGCUACUUUAGGGUAUGCUACAGCCUCCUGCUCAGGUAUUUUCAUAAUAAGAACUGCCAACAAUAGAACGCCGUCGUACGCUUCCCAUUCUAUGCUUCACUUGAACGGAGCAAGUGAAUAUAUUUUCAGUCUGUCGGCUGGUGUAGUUGGUCACUUCGCUGGUAGAUAAGUCCCGAUUUGAGCCUCGCCCACUUGGGUUGGUGACGAGUCGCGGGUUCGAAUCCCGCAGCUGACAC